UCGCAGUUCGUUGGUAAAAUUAACCGAGUCCAAGUGCGCUCAAAACCCUCAUCAACGUGUGACGUGUCACUCUCACUGCGUAUUCAGAUAAAACGCCACCCAGAUUUAUCCGAUCAAACUUUUACCUCGAUCCCAAAAUACCCCUACUGCAGCUCCCAUUCUCCCACCCCAACUACCAACCAGUCCCCGUCAUUUGAGUCAAAACCCAAGUCCUAUUUCGUCCACCCAAAAAACCCCCACCCUUCUUCAUCUCUGUCCAAACUCCAACCCAGAACCACCAAAAGACAAAGAAGGGGAGUGAGACAGAGUGAGGAGACUGAGAAAUGGAUUUCAAUUUCAACUCCAACAGAGCGGAGGCGGAGCGGUGGCUGAGCACCGCCGUGAAGCUACUGUCGGCACAUGACUUGCAAGGGACCAAGACCUUCGCGAUCCGAGCCCGAGAGACUGAUCCCAGGCUUGAGGCUACCGACCAGAUAAUUGCCGUCGCUGACACCCUCCUCGCCGCCGAAUCCCAGAUCAACAGCCAAAACCAGCAGCCCGACUGGUACGCUAUUCUCCAACUCGCCCAGUACACUCAGAACCUCGAAAUCGUCGCGACUCAGUACCGCCGACUCGCUCUCCUGCUGAACCCGCAUCGGAAUCGCUUCCCUUACGCCGAUCACGCCUUCCGGCUGGUCUCCGAGGCCUGGAACGUCCUCUCUAACCCCAACAAGAAGGCCAUCUACGACCACGAGUUGAGCAUGUUCAACCGGUUCGACUCGCCUCCAUCCGGGUCGACUCAGCUGUUCGAGAGGCAAUUCUUGCAAAUGCAUCAUGUUCAGCAACAGCCGCCGCAGCCGCCGCCCCCGCUGCCACUUCUAUUUCAUCCCCAACCGUCGCAGCUACUACAAUUCCAGCCUCAACCGCCACCACCGCCACAACCACAACCAGAAGUGCAGAGACCACAACCGCAAUGGCAUUUUCAACAAAAGCGACAGCCACCACCACCACCAGAACACCAACAUCAGCAGCAGCAGCAGCAGCAGCAGAAUCAGCAGUAUCACCACGAACCUCCUCAGCAGCACCGGCAACAAUAUCAGGAACUUCCACACCUUCUGCUGCAGCAGCAGCAGCAGCAAGAAGUGAGAAAAAACCCUAAAAGUAAGGACGGAAGACCGUCGAUGGAGGAGGAAAGGCCGAUUCCGAUUCCCAUCAAUGUGACCGAGCCAGCACCUCCGCCCUCUGAAUCAACUCCUCCGCCUUCCAAGUCCACUCAUGCGCCCUCCGAAUCAACUGGCCCCGUUGAGUCAACUCCCCCUUCCGAGUCAGCUCCCCCUUCUGAGUUGACUCGGCCUCAAACAGUGCCCAAAUCGGGGAGCUUCUGGACUUCAUGUCCUUACUGUUAUAACCUCUUCGAGUAUCCAAGCCUUUACGAGGAUUGCAUGCUUCGGUGUCAGAAUUGUAAGAGGGCAUUCAAUGCAAUGGCGAUAGCGUCACCGCCUCUGGUGGGGAAGGGCGGUGAUGUGAACUUUUGCUGUUGGGGGUAUUUCCCAUUGGGGUUAUUGGAGAAUGGUAAAGAUACAGGCGGCUCAUCUGGAGAGUGGACACCAUUUUCGACAAUGUUUGCCUGCCCAAUACAAGGGAAGAAGAAUACCGGACGAGCCAAGAUUGCUAAUUCGGGGCCGAGGGUCUAUUACGAUGACGAAGAGGCGUUGCUUGAUGUUUCGGAUCCAAGUGAGGACUCUGAUGAUGAUGAGUGGCAGAGGGUCAGGAGGAAGAAGAAGGCUGUAAAGGCAAGAGCUAAAGCUUCCGUUGCUAAGACUCCGGUGAGAGCUUCGGAUAGAAUAAGGAAGGGAAGUCAAAAUGCCGGUGGGCAGGGUAAGGUUGUCACUGGUGGGGGUGGGGGUGUGGGUGGUGGUUCUGUGUCGAAGGCAGAGUCAAGUAAGAAGUCAACUUCUGGUGCAAGAAAAAGAAGUGCUGCUGCAUUGGGGAAGUUGGAUUUGAAUGUGGAGUUUAGUAAUAAUGAGGUGGAAGAGCCUGCAGCUCAGACAAUGAGUGAAGGGAAUGGGACAGCAAAUGGGGAGGAGGAUAAUAUUGAAGGAAUCGGGUUUUUUGAAGGUCUUGACGAGUUUUUGAGUAGUCUGCCCAUACUUAAUGUUGUGGGAGAUGACAAGGUUAAGGCUAAUUAGGGAAGUAAGGGUAAGACUUUUGCUUUUUGUCAUUGCUGCUUUAGCUGUUGUAAUUGCUUUAUGGAUGCACGUUGUAUUGAAUGAUGUAGAGCUUCUAUGCCUUUUGUUUCAUGGCUCUCACUGUUUGAAUCUGUUAUAUAAUCUGCAGCAAUGUGAACUUAA